CAGCCCUCCCGGCCCCCACCCUUCCGUCACAGACACCUACUCCUCCUCCUCCUCUUCUCGCUCGCCGUCGCAUUUGCAUUCGCAUUCGCAUUUGCUGGGCGCACCCGCACGCACCAGCACACCACUGAAACUGAAAGCCAGGAGGGGAGGGGCGGCCAGCCAGACGCGAGCGGAACCCAAGACGAAAAGGAAGCUAGCGGAAGCAGCGAAAAGCCCACGCCACCUUCCAAUCCCCCACCCCGCAUUCCCUUCUGGCCUUCCCCCACCCCCUCCUCCUCCUCCUCCCCUCCUCUCCUCCGCGUCCGCGUCUCAUCUUUCCUCCCCCGCAUCUCUCGCGGGCCGGCAGCCAUUGCGGGGCUCCGGCAUUGCGCCGGGCGGGGGCCGACAGCGACAGCGGCGGCGGCGCGUGGAGAGGCCGAGGCCGAGGCCGGUGGUCCAGCGGCGGCGGCGGCGGCGUCCCACUCCGACAUGAUGCUGCAGCGGCGCGUGGCGUCGGCGCCGGUGCCCGACUGGCUGGAGGCGCUGCUGGCCACGCGCUUCUUCCUCGCCUGCGCCGCGCACCCGGCGUCCCCGCGCAACGAGUGCAACAUGUUCUGCCUCGACUGCAGGGGCGCACCGCCGCCGGCCUUCUGCUACUACUGCCGCGCCCACCGACACUCGUCCCACCGCGUCAUCCAGAUACGGCGGUCCUCCUACCACGACGUGGUCCGCGUGUCCGAGGUGGAGGACGUCCUCGACAUCUCCGGCGUGCAGACCUACGUCAUCAACAGCGCCAGGGUGCUCUUCCUCAACGAGCGUCCCCAGCCGCGCGGCGCCGGCGCCGCCGCGGGCAAGGCCGCCGCUUCCCCCUACAACUGCGAGAUCUGCGGCCGCGCGCUGCUCGACCCCUUCCGCUUCUGCUCCCUCGGAUGCAAGUUGGUGGACACCAAGAGGAGCAACGGCCACUCUGCGGCGGCGGCGGCGGACACCGACGGCGGCGGCGCGGCCAAUGGCAAUGACGAGGCGGCGGAGGCCGCCGGCGGGAGCAAGAACGGCGGCCCGGCGGCGCGGCCGCAGGGACGCCGGCGGAAGGGGACCCCACACCGCGCGCCGUUCUGGUCCUGAUGACCCACCGGCCCACCGGCCGGCAACAGCAACGGAUGGAUGGAUCAAUGGCGUCCGUCCGGAAGAGAGUUACUCCACUAGCGAGCAUCAAGGCAUGCAAUUAAUGGAGGCGAUGAUAGCGGAAUGGAGGGGAGGGGACGAUCGAUCGCCGUCUCUCCGCCGACCGACCCCGCCAUGCCUGCUCGCCCGGCUUCUUCAUUCUCGGUUCGACUGUACUUAUAUAUAUACUUAGAAAAAAGAAAAGAAAAGAAAACAAAAGAAGACGAAGAAGAAAAAGAUACACUGCAUGCCCGCCCAACUAGAAAGGAACCAAGCAAUGCAAGGAAGAUAUAUACUAGAUAAAUAGAUAGAAAAGCUAGCAGCAAAAGCUGAUGAGCUCGAUCGGCAGCCGCGCGCAUCCCAACCACCGGAGGGAGCCGGCCCGGGGCCGCGCGCUCGUUGGACUGCAGUAAGCAACUUGUCUGUCCCCAUCUCCCUCCCUCUCUCUCUCUCUCUCUUUCUUCACCACACCAUGCCAUGGCACCAUUUGGUACGGUAGGUGUGCAUGACAUGCCUGAUCAUCUCCUCUCCUACUCACCAACUCAUCAUAUUCAUCAUAGAGAUGAUGCGGCUGCUGCUAAACUUGGAUUAAUUAGCAGGAAAUGGGUUUAGUUCUUUUUACAUUGGUUGGUUGGUUGGUUGACAGUGAUGAGUAGUACUGAUGAUCUUCUCUCUCUUUUUUUUUUCUA